UCUGACUGCACCAGCUGGGGUUCCGUUUUCCAGGCCAUGGAGAGAUAGCGCCGUCCAUGUCGUUAUGGUAGUCUUUCAUAUGUGAUAUUUCCAAAGGGUAUCUGUAACCCGGCCUGCGAGUGCGGCCUGGUGCCGAGAUGAGCUCGAAACCCGAGCCCUCUGUCCGCGCAUAUGAAGCAUUUCGCGUGCGUCGCGUCAUUGACGGGCUUCCAGGAAAUCAGCGUAUUGAGUCGCUGUGCUGCUGGCAGCGGUACCUGCUUGUGGGGCUGCAGGAUGGCACAAUCCUGCAGUGCACGGAGCAGAAGCCGGGGACGUGGCAGCCCGUCAAGUCCCACCGCGGCCUGGAGCGCAAGGCCGUGACCCAGAUGGCGGCGGUGCGGCCGGGCCCGCGGCCGCUGCUGCUGGCGCUGACGGAGGCGGGCGUGAACCUGCUCACAUUGCCGGACCUGCAGCUCAAGUUCCAGCCCAUGGGCAGCCGGGGGGCGGCGCUGUUCGCCUGGCGCGAGGAGGAGCAGCUCAUGGCGGUGGCGGUGCGGCGUAAGAUCCUGUUGUACACGCUGCGCGGCAGUGACAUGCUGGAGGCGGGCGAGCGGCCGGCGCCCGAGGGCGUCACCGCGUUGGCCUGGGUGGGGCCUGGGCAGCUGGUGGCGGGCAGCCGGCGCGGCUACGUGCGCAUCAACACAGCCACGGGCGCCACCGCCGAUCUGGAGCAGCUCGGCACUGCGCCGGUGCCGCUGGUGGCUCUGGUGCCGCCGGCGGGGGCGGAGCUGCUGCUGGCGCGCGACGCCACCACCUGCUUCCGGGCGGCGGCGGACGGGCGCCCCAGCCGCCGCCGCCACCUGGCAUGGAGCGAGCCGCUGAUGGCGCUGGCAACCGCGGGCCAGUACGCGGUGGGGCUCACCACCGGCGGCGCGGCGGAGGUGCGCAGCCUGCGGCGGGUGGCGGAGGGCCACGUGGUGCAGCGCGCGGCCCUUGGGCUGCCCGAGGCGGCCCUUGGGCUGCAGCCCGCCGCCGCCGCCGGCGCGGCGCGGCCGGUGGUGGCGCCGGCGGUGGCGGAGGAUGGCGCGGUGUUUGUGGCCGCGUGCAUGAUGCCGCCAGCGCCAGCCGCAGACGCCCGCGCCGCGAGCGCCGGCGGCGCCGGCCCUGUCUCCGCCGGCGGCGGCGGCGGCGUCAACAGCGUGAUGGCCUCUUUCAUCGGCGAGGCCGCCUCGCCCAGCAGCGCCUCCUUUGCCGCGCUGUUCGGCCCCGGCGGCGCCGCCGCCGGCGGCGGCGGCUUCGGCGGCUUUGGCGGCCCGGUGGGCGUGGUGGCGGGUACGGGAUGCGUGCAUGUGGUGUACCGGUUAGAACCCGUGUCGCUUGAGGAGCAGGCGCACACGCUGGCGGAGCUGGGCGAGUAUGCGGAGGCGCUGGCGCUUGCGGAGUUGGUGGAGGAGAGCGAGGAGGAGGCCGGGGAGGAGAGCGAGGGGGAAGAGGGAGAGCAGGCGGGAGGGCGGGCAGGGGAGGAGGAGGCGGCGAAGGGGGGCGAGGAGGAGGGGGGCGCGCAUGACGGUGGGGGGCUGUACAUGGAGAGCCGCGCCGCCGUGAAGGCACCGGCGGCGCCGACGGCGGCGGCGGCGGUCGGGAAAGGCGGCGCGGCGGCGGCGGCGCGUGGCGGCGGCGGCGGCGGGGAACAGCAACCACAGCAGCCGCGGCGGCCGCGCAGCCGCAGGCGCAUCACCGCCCCGGGCGCAGCCGCCGCCUCUGCCACCGCCGCAGGCGGCGGUGGCGGCGGCGGUGGCGGCGACGUGGGUGGCGGGCUGGGUCUGGGCCGUCGCGCGCUGCUGGAGGAGCGGCUGCGGCUGGCGUAUGGGCACUACCUGUUCGCGCACGGGGAGUACGACGAGGGAAUGGCGCAGCUGGUGCUGUGCAGGUCCACCACGGCCCUGGUGCUGCUGCGCCUGUUCCCCAGCCUUGUGCCGCCCCGCUUCCGCCACUGGCUGCCCAGCAGCGCGGCGGGACAGCCGCUGCCGCCCGCCGCGGAGCCGGCGCCGGCGGGCGGCGCCGCCUACGCGACGGCGGUGUCAGCACUGCUGCCCUACCUGCUCAGUGCGCGCACCCGCGCCCUGGCGGCGCUGGCGGAGCAGGAGGAGAGGGAGAAGGGGAAGCAGGUUGGGGAGGAGAAGGCUGGGGAGAAGGUAGGGGAGGAGAGUGCCGGAAAGGAGCAGAGCAAGGAGGUGAACGGGCAGGCGGCCAGUUCAAACGGCGCGGCUGCAGCAGCAGGCACCGACGCCGCCUCUCCCAUCCUCCCAGCUGCUAUCUCCGCCUCCGCCUCCACCACCACCACCGCCGCCGCCUCCUCCACCUCUGACUCCACCACCCCUGGGCCUGGCCCCGGUCCCAGCCCCUCGCCGCCGCCGCCGCCUCCUCGCGAGCUGCUGCGUGUGCUGGACACGGCACUGGUGGGGGUGAUGGCUGCCCUGCCCGACACGGGGGCGCUACUGCGGUUCGUGCAGCUGCCCAACCACGUGGAUCUGAGCGAGGGAGAGCAGAUCUUGUCGCGGUGCGGCAUGUACGCCGAGCUGGCGGCGCUGUACAAGUACGGCGGGCGGCACGUGGAGGGCAUGGAGCUGCUGCGGCGGCUCAGCCAGGAGCCGGAGGGGCUGGAGCACACCGUGCGCGGCGCGGCGGCGGACCUGCCGGGCCUGCCGGGCGUGUGGGCGGCGGUGCGCUACCUGGUGUCGCUGUCGGCCGACCACGCCGACGUCAUCCAGGCCCACGCCGGCUGGAUCCUGGCUGCUGACCCCGAGGCCGGCCUGUCGGCGCUGCUGCACAUGCGGCCGCCGCUGCACCCCUCGCUGGCGCUGUCCAUCCUGCAGCGCCACUCGCGCCACUACUGCGGCCUGUACCUGGAGACGGCGCUGCAGAUUGGGGUGGCGCUGCCGCAGGAUUACCACAACGAGUUGCUGCUCAUCUACCUGCGGGACAUCCUAGCCAAGGAGCCUCCCGCCCGCCACGCCGCCAGCAGCACUCAAAGCGAUGGCGACGGCGGCCUGAAGCAGCUGCUGCUGGGCCGGGCAGCCGACGGCGUCGGCGCCGCCGGCGGCGCCAGCGCAAACGGCGGCGCCGCCGGCGGCGCCGCCACCGGCCCCGAAGCCGCCUCCCAGCCCGCCAUGCUCUUCCCAGACGAGCUAGCCCGGGCGCUGUGGAACCACGUGAACGCGACGCGCGGCGGUAAAGGCCGCGGCGGCGGCAGUGGGGGCGGCGGCGGCUCGGGGCCACCGCGGCCGUUUGCGAGUGCGCCGGUGUCGGCAUCCGCCACGCCCGCACACGGUCUCUCGCGCGUACCCAGCCACACCAGCCUGCACAACGGCAUGCCCGGCGCGGCCGGGGCGGGAGGCGCGGGCGGCUCAGGCGCCGGCACGGCCGCGGGGGAGGAGGGGCCGGCGGCGAGAAGCGGCGCGGCGACGACGGGCGGCAAGGCCGCGGCGGCGGCGGCGGCGGCGUCGCGUGCGGUGACGUCGCCGCUGCCGGCCGCCGCCGGCCGCCGCGCCGGCGGGCGCUCCUGGCUGUGGCGCGACACGAGCGCUGCUAGCGGCGGCGGCGGCGGCGGCGGCGGCGCCGACGACGGCAGCGUUGACGGGACCCGGCGGAAGCUGCCGCUCGCGCACGCCGGCGGCGGCGGCGGCGGCGGUGAAAGCGACAGUGAGGCGGACGAGGUGGACGGCGCGCAUGCUGACGACUCAGACGCCGAGUCGACGGCAUCGGGGCGGCGGCGCGUGUCGGGCGCCGCCGCCAGGCCGCCGCCGCCGGCGCCGCCGGGCUCGCAGCCGGGCUCGCGGGCCAGCUCCAAACCCAGCACGCCGACGCCCCUGCCUGGCGGCUUCAUGAAGAAGGGGCUAGCAGCUAUGGCGGCGGCGACGGGCCUUGCCGCCGGCAAUGGCGGCGGCUCCGCCGCCGCCGGCCGCACGCCGCCGCGGCCGCCGUCGCUCAGCAUCGGCAGCGGCGGCGCCGACGGGGCUGGCCGGGCCUCUCCGGGCUCCGCCGGCAAGCCGCCCGCCGGCCCCAGUGCCGCCUCCGCCGCCUCGGCCGGGUCGCAGCCUCGCCGCCGGCCGCGGCAGCCCAGCGGCGACUUUACCGCCGCCGCCGCCGCCGCCGACGGCGGCGGCAGCGGAAAGGAGCUUGCGCUGUCGGAAGCUGGACCGGCGGCGGCGGCGGAGCCUGACGGCGGCGUCCGGGCGGCGGUGGCGGCUGCCGCCGCCACCGCCGCCGCCGCUGGUCCCUCGCUGUACCAGCGGCUCCGUGACCUGGUCUACACCUCGCCCUACAUCGACCCCGCCUACGUGCUGGAGAAGCUGCCGCCGGGUGAGCUGCUGGAGAUCCGUGCGCUCAUGCUGGAGCGCCUGGGCCGCCACCGCGAGUCCCUCCGCAUCUACCUACACGCCCUCCGAGACAUGGCCGCGGCGGAGGCCUACUGCGACCGAGUGUACCAGGCAGCAGGCGGCAAGGCGCCUAACGCCGGCGGCGGCGCAGCCGGCGGCGCUGCCGGCGGCGGCGCCGCCGGGGGCCAGGGCGGCCUGCCGCCGCCGCCGCCGCCGCCGCCCAUUCCGCUGCACAUCACGGCCAUCGGCGGCAGCGGCGGCUCGGGCGGCCUGGCGGCGGCGGUCACACUGGGCGGGCUGACGUCACCCAGUGACAUCUAUCUGGAACUGGUACGGGCGCUGUACGACGGACCGCAGAGCUGUCCCGCCGCUGCGGCGGUGGCGGCGGCCGGCGGGCACGGGCCGGAGGCUGCGGCGGCGGCGGCAGCCGCCGCCGCCGCGGCCGCCGCAUCAGCGACGGGCCCAGCCGCCAGCGCGGCGGCGCUGCCGCCAGCGGGUGGUGUGACGUCGCCGACGACGGCGGCCGCGCUGGCGGUGUGGCGAGGCGGCUCGCCGGCUGAGGCGCUCGGCGGCGGCCUGGGUGCGGCGACGGCAGGGGCGGGUGGCGCUCCGGCGCUGCUGGACGCGGGCACGUGGCAGUCGCUGUCGCGGCUGUUGAGUCGGAAGCGGGAGCGGCUGAACCCGCUGGAGGUGCUGCCGCUGCUGCCCGACGACGUCCCGGUGGCUGACGUGCUUCCCUGGCUGGAGGCGGCCCUGCGCUUCAGCCAGGAGGCUCGCCGUGGCCUAGCCGUCAGGAAGCAGCUGCGCCGCUGCGAGAACCUCUCCGCUAUGGAGGAGGCGGUCCGGGUGCGGCAGCAGCGCGUGCUGGUGACGGGCGAGCGGGCGUGCUCCAUCUGUCACAAACGGCUGGGUGGCUCGGUGGUCGUCUCGUACCCUGGGGGUCUGUUGGCGCACUACCUGUGUCACAAGCGGCACACGGGAGUGAGCGGCGGCGGGGCUGGGGCAGGCGGCGGAGGAGGAGAAGGAGCAGGCAGUUUGACGGGGAGCGUGAGCGAUUUUGGCGGGGCUGCGGGGGCCGCGGCUGGGGCCGCGGCAUCGGUGGUCGAGCUCCAGCACAGCGCGACGGGGGUGCGCGGCAUUAGCCCAGCUAUUUCUUCGGAGGCAUUGGCGGCCUGGUAGUGAGCAGAGAGUUCAGCUGGGCGAGGAGGGGCCCAACUUCGAGGUCGCACGGUUGGCGGUUGCAUGGUACGGCUUGGCAAUUCGCCCGAGCCGCGUUCAGGCCCGCGCGCCGGCUGUGUGCAGAAACAGUACCUGUGCAUCUCUAGUAUUCUAUCACACGCUCAUUACGCAUUCAACAACGGGGUUGACAAGACAAGCGACCCAUCAAACACU